GUGUGUGUGUGUGUGUGUGUGUGUGUGUGUGUGUGUGUGUGUGUGUGUGUCCCUUUGUGUGCAGUUUCUAAGAGAAAUGCCGAAUGCUGAGAGUCUCUUUUUGAGUCCUGCUGACUCAGGCUGUUUGCACAAAGGCCUUCAGCUGCUCAGGUGCUAUAAAGAGCAGCAGCUGCUGCACAGGUAACGCACAGCAGCAACCAGCAGAGCAACAUGACUUCCAGCAGCAUGAACAUGGGCAGGGUGGUGUUCUUCGAGGACAGGAACUUCCAGGGUCGUUCCUAUGAGAGCAGCAGCGACUGCGCUGACAUGUCUUCCUACCUGAACAGGUGUCAGUCCUGCAAGGUGGAGCGUGGCUGCUUCAUGGUGUACGACCGCACCAACUACAUGGGCAACCAGUUCUUCCUGAAGAGGGGAGACUACUCCGACUACCAGAGCAUGAUGGGCAUGAGCGACUGCAUCAAGUCCUGCCGCAUGAUCCCCAUGGUGAGCACUCAGCCAAUCACAGCACAGCACUGACCAAUCAGAGUCCAGUCUCUUAUAAAGCAGGUCAAAUACUGGCAGC